GCAGGAAAGAUGAAAAAGCUGACAAGCAAAAUAUUAACAGACUUAGACUUAUUAAUAACGGGUAUAAGAAUUUGUUAAUCGCUAUGAAUCCUACUCUUGAAGAAAAUCUUGAAGUUAUAAAGAGAAUUCAUAUAGUUUUACUUUUUAGCCAUUCCUCAAUUUUUUUAAGAGCCGUUUGCUUCUCUUAGGCAUAUUUUACAGAGGCGUCGCUUGAACUUUUUACAUUUUCAAAUAAUAGAUCCUUGUUUAAAAAUAAUACGAUCUUAAUAUCUAAUUCAUGGAGAAAUGCAAUUUCAACUAUCGGGACAUCAGAAACUUAUGAUAGUGGUUACAUUUUCGUUGGUAAUACGACUAAAGAAUGAGGUGAUAAUCCUUAUACUCUAAUGAUGGGAGGACCGUGCGAAUCAACUGGUGAAUAUAUGUAUCUAACAGAAAAAUAUUUCAUGAAUCAAACUAAAUCGGAGUCUUUAUUUGGACCUAUGGGUAAUGAUGUAGGUAAAACUUUGGCUCACAAAGAAGAUGAUGGAUUCUAUUCUGGUUAUUAUGUCAGCUUUUAUGGGAAUGGAUUGUACAGUUUUAAACUUGAAGUUGAGAGCAACAAUGAAAUUGAAAUAAUAUCCCACAGAAGAAGUUACGGAGUAGGAGCUCCACCAGUAUAUUUUGAUGCCAGUAAGUAUGUCUAA